GCACAGCAUCUUGCAUGGAGACUCCGACAGCUGGGCUGGAGGCAAACGGUUCUUCCGGCUCUGGCUAACCAGUGCUCCAAAGGCAAUUGUUCUGCGCUCAUCAGACAGCAAAAUGAUAAGCAUGGUGUAAGGAAAAGGUUUCCUCGUUCUGCCCAGAGGCUGAAGCAGCAGAGACAGCAAAGCCAAUGUGAUUCAUCAACGGUGACAGUGGACAAUUACCAGCAACUUAUUCACGUUUUGCCUGGGAUAGCCUAAGCUGAAACCACUAGCUGAAAAUGACACAGCAAAUGCAUAACUUAAGUCUCCUCCAGACUAAAAAGAACAGCAUGCCCUCCUCUCCAAAUGCUGCCAAGCGGCUGUAUCGGAACCUGUCAGAGAAGCUCAAGGGGAGUCACACAUCCUUUGACGAAGCGUAUUUCAGAGCUCGAUCUGACCGGCUCAGCCUCCGUAAGACCUCAAUGAAUUUCCAGUGCAAUGAAGCUAUGUUUGAGGCCAUAGAACAGCAAGAUCUGGAUGCUGUUCAGAUUCUUCUUUAUCAAUACACACUGGAGGAACUGGACCUGAAUACACCAAACAGUGAGGGACUAACUCCUUUGGACAUCGCCAUUUUGACAAACAACGUCCCUAUUGCUAGGACCCUUCUGCAUGUUGGGGCAAAGGAAAGCCCACACUUUGUUAACAUGGAAAGUAGGUCGGUGCAUCUGAGUACAUUGGUCCAGGAAGCACAGCAGCGAGUUACUGAAUUGUCUGCACAAGUGGUGAAUGAAGACCUUGGUACAGACAACACAGAGAGAGAGAAGCAACUAAAAGCAUGGGAAUGGAGAUACAGGCUGUACAAGCGCAUGAAGGCAGGCUACGAGCAUGCUAGAGCCCCUGAGGCGCCAACCAAUGUCUGUCUCAUGGUAACAAGCAGUACAUCACUCACUGUCACCUUCCAAGAACCUCUGAGUGUCAACUCAGCUGUGGUGACCAAGUAUAAAGUGGAAUGGAGCUCUUCAGAAGACUUUUCUCCUUUGGCUGGUGAAAUAAUCAUGGAUAAUCUUCAGUCUUUGAGGUGCACCAUCACGGGUCUCAGAACGGGCCAGAGGUAUUAUGUCCAUGUUUCAGCAUACAACAUGAGAGGAUGGGGACCUCCACGCAAAUCUACUCCUGAAUAUGCUUCUCCUUCAAACUGGAAAGACUGCAGUGGAAGAGAACCUCGGCACAGGGGACACACUGAGGCCCUGGAACGCCUCCUUCAGCAGGUUCGAGCAGCUCAUCAGCAUUAUAAUUGCAGAGAAAGCUCUAAACUACAGAAUGCUGGUCGCAAGCAAUCAGUCUCCAGAAGCCUGAAGCACCUUUUCCAUUCAUCAAACAAGUUUGUGAAGACUCUGAAACGGGGACUCUACUUAUCUGUUAUAUUUUUUUACAAAGACAAUUUAUUAGUAACCAAUGAAGAUCAAAUCCCAAUUGUGGAAAUCGAUGACUCCCACAGUAGCUCAGUUAUGCAGGAUUUCCUGUGGUUCACAAAGUUGUCUUGCAUGUGGGAUGAUAUCAGAUGGCUAAGGCAGAAUAUGUCUAUAUCCGUGUCCUCAUCAACAGCACUUCAAGCCAGGCAAAAGAUGCUUUCAGCGGCAGCACAGCUACAGAAUUUGCUGGGAACUCACAACUUAGGCAGAGUUUUUUAUGAGCCAAUCAAGGAUCGACAUGGCAAUAUGCUGAUAGUGACUAUAAGAGAAGUGGAGAGUCUUUAUUCAUUUUUCAAUGGCAAAUGGAUGCAGGUAUCCAAACUACAAAGCCAGAGGAAAUCCCUUUCAACUCCAGAGGAGCCAACAGCGUUAGACAUCUUGCUUAUAACAAUCCAGGACAUACUCACCUACCACAAACGAAGUCAGCAGCGCCUCCCUCCCGGCUUGUAUCUGGGUUACCUUAAGCUCUGCAGUUCUGUGGAUCAAAUCAAAGUGCUCGUGUUGCAGAAGUUGCCUAAUGUCCUGUGUCAUGUUAAAAUCCGAGACAACAGCAAUGUCUCCAGAGAUGAGUGGGAAUGGAUCCAAACACUUUCUGGCUCAGAAUCUGUGGAAAGUAUGGAUCAUACUUCAGACUGCCCUACUCAAUUGUUCUUGUAUGAGCUCCAGAUGGCAGUGAAAGCUCUCCUUAAACAGAUCAAUCUACCUCUGCAUCAGGCUAAGCACUUCCGUCUGUAUACACAGGAGGUGUUGGAACUGGGUCACAAUGUCUCCUUUCUUCUCCUGCUCCCCGCCUCAGACGACGUCUGCACUGCCCCAGGACAGAAUAAUCCUUACACCCCACACUCAGGAUUUCUUAACCUCCCUCUUCAGAUGUUUGAACUCGUUCAUUUUUGCUGUUACAAGGAAAAAUUUAUAAGCCUGUAUUGCCGCCUUUCUGCUGUCAUAGAGCUGGACUCUCUGAAAACCCAGCAAUCCCUAAGGGAAGCAAUUUCAGACAGUGAAGUCGCUGCAGCCAAACAAAGACACCAGCAAGUUAUAGACUACAUACAGCAAAUCGAUGAGAUCUGGAGGGAUAUGAGAUGGAUCACAGAAGCACUGCAGUACGCAAGAUACAAGCAGCCAGCAGCUGGCCUACCCAUAAGGAAGUUUGUGGAUCUUUCAGAAGAACACUCUCAAAAGAAAAUCAGUUCAUCCUCUUCACAUCUAGAUUGUCUUCCUUCACCUCCCCCUUCACCUGAGGCUAGAAUCCAGAGAAAAAAAGCUGUGAGUGAUUCCCAGCCCUGCUCAGAUGAAGAAGGCUGCUCUGAAGUAUUCCUUCCAACUGACAGUGACUAUGACUCCAGUGAUGCACUAAGCCCCAGAGAAUUAGACCUGAUUUACUCCUCCUCACAGGACAUAUCCCAGCAGGCUGGCAGUGGCCUGGGUGGCAGUGCACCUGAUGUUCUCCAAAUCCACGACGUGAAGCCUUGCCUAACACUGAAAGAAGGCCCAACAGAGUGUAGUGCCUUUGAUACUAAUGCUGAAUGUUGCACAGAGGAUAUGAGCAAUCUAACAAUGUCAGGGCUUACAUUGAAAAGCAUAGACAAAUCCUCUAGCUCCAAGCAGGCAUUGAGCUUUUUAGGGAGAAAAAAGCUAGGGAAACAUCAACAUUACAACUACUUCGGCCGGCACCAUCGGUGGCUGCGUGUGCACAGCGAGACACAGUCUGGCUCUCUGUCUGAAGGGGUGUAUACUCAGCAUCUCAUGAGAUCUUCAGAUUUGUCUCAAGAGCCUAUCUCCAGUGAGCAGUUAAAGAUUUCCAUUGAUGGAUCUCGGAACACUUUCUUGCCUCAUGCAUCCAGCCUUCCAGAAGAUGGGAAAGGCAAGUAUGAGGAAUCGAGGCAAACUGUCCAUCAGAUACAUGUGGAGCCUUAUAAAACAUUUCUGGAUGAAGAGAGCAAGUCCUGGGCAAUGAGCACACAGUCUGUAGAACACGGGGAUGUGCACAAUGCUAUGCAACAGAAAAUGGGUCCAAAUGACCAGUCGGGUUCUGCUGUCUCAGAAGUCUUCAGCAGCACCCUUUAACCCCAGACUUCCGCAAUGCUUCCCACUGCUCCACAAUGAGACAGCGAACAUCAUGCAUACAGGACCAUACUUUCAAAACCACUUGGAAAACUCCAGCUCCUGAAAUGGCAACUCAUGGCACUCAAAAGAAUCCUAAUCUUUUGACUUCAUCACCAGGUUUCUGGUCUUACAGAGGUAUCAUCUGUCAUGAUGUAAGCUUUAUUAUUGGCAUCUGCACUUUUGCAGGUAGAGUUGUUACAGUCACCACAAAACAGAACAAUCUGUGGCUGCAAAUCUAGUAAUCAGGGUUUGCAGUUCUCUCGGUUUCCAUGUCUCUCUGAGCAUGCAAAAUUUUGAGCAUGAGUGAUUCUGCCUGCAAGUUAGCAGAAACUGUAACAUCUUUGGUGUCCUCAUGUUAGGACUGUGUCCUAAACUUGUACUAACCUGUUCUCCACCGUUUCCUGUAAGUUUUUCUACUUCUUGAGUGGGUUUAGGCUGCAUAUAACUAAAGUGCUAACUGGUCUAGGAACACAUUUAACCCAGAGUUUCACUUACAGAGAAAUGAGAAGUCUUUCGGUAUCUAUCUAGAAAAUGCAGUCAACACCACCUCUGAAUGCUGUCAGAGCCUGACAUAAUUAUCACAAGGGGUUUUUUCAGGGGCUUAGAUUUCAAAUUAUAUAUUAUAAAAGCUUAGCAGGUGAACCUUUGGGGUCAAGAACAGGCAGAAUGAGGCCAAGUUCUGAAGAAAUAACAUGCAGGGUCUAAGUGAGACUGAAGCUUGGCCUUUUCUUCUGCCCAGCACACCAGAGCUCAUUUCUGCAUGUUGACAGCACUCUCAUACACCCAUUAGAAAGAAAUGCUCCUACUGUUGUUCCUGAAUAUUCCCUGUAAACUUCAGGGGUAUUUGAUCACCAUGUCUGAAAUUGGGAUAAUUGUAAUGAUUAGGGAAAUCUGGGAUACAGUUUGAAUCCAUUAUUUGGGCCACCAGUAUCGUAUCAUAAGGAGAGUGGGAGGUGGUGUUUUAGCAUGCUGUGUUUGUCUAAAGGCAGAUCACACUGAGUCAUGAUGUUGUCCUUUGCAACCAGAAUCAGACUUAUAGUACUACAGGAGAUGAUCUCAAAAAUUAAAUCUAUAUUAAUGAGAACCAUAACAUUUGAGUCACUAAGAAAUGAACUAAUGUGGAGAGAAACCCCAGCUGUUGCACAAGCUUUAAUUUUUCUUAAACAGUUCUUGAAGUUUAAUUUUAUAGGCCACAUUCCUGCUGGUUAAAUUCCCUCACUCCAUGUUUGCGCAGCCUUCUACCUUUCAAUUUUUCAGCCUCCAGGUGGAUACAUUCUAAGGCCUCCAAUAAAGAGAUUUGAGUUAAAUAGUUGAGUUUACAAGUCCUUGAGGUAAAGGUAAGGAUUUGGGUCCAUGAUCUGUGGUCCUUAUUAAAAUAGCACUUCCAUAACCCCAGUGCUAUUAAAAUCCCUGUGAACUCAAUCCAUAAAUUCAAAAAUAAAUGUUAUUCACUAUUUCAUGCUUGGUCAGUAUGUGGAAGCCAAGAAGAGUCUUUGCACUGAUACAAGGGCAAAAACUUUCUAUAAGGGAUUUACAUUCGUAACCUCUCUUUUUGGGAGAGGGAAGUUAAUUUUUCACCAAAACUAUUCAUUCAUUCCCUGAUCCGAAGCUCAGUGAGGAUGGAAAGACUUCCAUUCACUUCCACAGGGUUUGAAUGAGACCCAUAUUGAAAAUUCCUGUGGGUGAGAAGAUGCGGGGGGGAGCAGAAGUGUCAGUGCCAAUUUGCAGCUAGAAGGACAUACAUUGUAUGUUGUAUGCCACAUGGAGCUGCAGGGGGAAAACCUGACUCACACGCCAUAGAACCAAACAGCGAUGUUUUACUGUCACUGAAGGCAGUAACAGCUUGUUACAUUAGAUUAUGUUCAUUAGCAGAAGGCUUUUCACCAAGGAGAGCCAGACAGUGUAAUGCUCAUAUUCAGAAGUCAAAAUAAUUUAGAUUGUUUUCUAGUAUACAGCACCUAGCCCAGGCUCCCCUAAUCUGUUUAGCCUCUAAGCAAAACUGCCAUAAAACUGUCUAUUAAAGAAUAAAAAUAAGAAUAUGCUGAGGCCAUAUGUUUUUGCAGGAAGUGAUGAGAUAAAACAAGAUGUUCCUAAAUGAAACCACCUUGCUUUGCUUUGGCUCUUCAUGAACAUGAAGGCAAGAAGUAGCAAAAUCUACAGCAGAACAGGUACACACUGGUGGUUAGGUAAGGAUGUAAAAAUCUCUGUUACCUACUCCUGCUGCUGGACUUUCCCAGCAGUAGUCAUGUAUCUAAUAAUGAGCUGGAUUAUUUACUGCUAGAAAGGGCUUGACUUCAUCAUAAUCUGCUGAGCUACGAUGGAAUUUGACUCUGGGAAUGCAAAUGCCAGCCACAGUGUACCCCAUCUUGAUUUUAACCUUGUUACAUGGAAGUAGUGUUUACAUGAUGGCCAAUGGGGCAUGCUUCCUUGAGCCUAUUACCUCUAGAUUGAGAUUCUUCCACACUUCUUUAAUAGUCAAAGUAGUAAUUGAUAGUUCUGACUUUAAAUACUUCUGAUUAUAAAGCACUGAAUUGUCUCUCGUUAGAAAUAUGUGCUCUUUGUUCAAAAUUAUUAUCCUUAUCUAUUCAGUGGGUGACUGAGCAGAGCAACUCCUUAAAAGAAUAGUAACGAGCACCCAGAGAUAAAUAAAUAGUAGAAAGUGGUGCCUUUCAAGUACUGUCAUAAUACUAAUCAUAAUGCUUCUGCAGUUCUCUUAGGAACAUCACUCAUACAUUUCAGAAGCAACCAUAGCAAUUCAGAAGAAUCCUACAUGUAUCCCCUCUCCAUAAAGGCACGAGUGAUUUCUAAGCAGAUCUUAAAGGCUCACAGUCAGGAAUCAAAUUAAAAUUAGGAACUCAGACCUUUGCUUUUAAUUACUGGGGAUCCUCUCCAGGUUGGGCUCGAGUGCCCCUCCAAGGAUUCCUGCACAGAAAUGGGGAAUGCUGUGGCUCAGAGCUCACAGCACACUAGAAUUUCAUUAGCCAGCAGACAGCUCAUUCAAAUGAGGCUGUACCCGCUGAAGCUCUGCUCUAAAAUGGGUACUAAGGCUUUGUAAAUUACUGGACAUCUCUCUCUUAACUCCUGUCUCUUGCCACAGAACCUUUGUCCUGCAUUUUCCAGGGAGUGUAUUUUCACCUGGGCUGAACCCAGACACUCCUGUCUCUAGGCAUGACUUGGGAAUGGCUAGGAAAGAAUAUAGUGCUUUAAUAUUAUGACUCCACAGGAAAAAAAGAAUGUGGAUCAUAUCUCCCUGUUUAGUGGACUAAAACUUUACUGUUUCUGCUGGUAGGAAGCAAGAUAGAGGUAAACUGCAAGGUUUACACUCAGAAUUCCUUGCAUCCGCAAGAAGGCAGUCUGCCCAUGGACAGUUCGCUACAAGAGAGGUGUGCCUCGAGCACUGAUUUCCCAGGCUUGCAUUUCUUCUUCCUUUGCCUUUAGAUAUUAAUUGACAAUUGGAUUUUCUAUACAGUGAGAGCACACACAGGGAAACCUAUAAAUUAAUAUUUUUAAAUAUAGAUAUUAAAGGGGGAGGGGGAAGAUGGAAUAUUUUAUCCUGCACAUUUAUGUUUCGAGUGUUUUGGAAAGAGAUGGUGCAUCUUUAAAUUCUCUAUGGUAUAAAGAAAUGCAUUAAGUUGCUGGUCAACUCUUUUAAGGUGUUUAAAUGCAUGGCUCAUGACUGUUAUGUAAAACUUCAAUACAGCCUUACAAACAACAAGGGUAUAGUGUAUUUGAAAAUAUGGUACACAGCUUGGAAACUUACUCUGAAUUUCUCUGAGGUGUUGAACUUUGCCAUCAGCAAAAAGCAUUUUUAGUAAAGAGGCCUUGAAUUUUCAGACAACGGAGAUUUCAUCAGGUUGGGUCUGAUUUUUCCACUACAGAAAAACAUUAAGUAGCUGGAAUACUUUAUUUGUAAGUAUAAUCUAUCUUUUGAUUCCAUGAAGUAGAAUUCAUAAGGCUAAAUCAUGCCCAGAAGUGAGAAGCAGAGCUGUUGGAACAGUAUAUUCUUUGCAAAACCCAAGAGCAACGUUCCCCAAGGCGGGCUGUGCAUUAUCCUCUGCCAGCUUUGGCCUCUUUUGUGCUAAGUGAGCAUCUGCAAAGUCAUGAGAAGUCAGUUCACUGAUUUGACUGGAGCAGGCCCAAUGUACUGCUGAAAGCUGUGCAGAUCCCACCAGCUCAGAGGGCAUCUCUCAGUACUGGUGUUCCUGAGCACUUACCCAGCUUGCUGUCUCUCAUACUGAGCUUUGGGGGUGAAAUUAGAGCCAGGCUAGAAUCUGUACUCAUACCACAGCACCUUGGGCAAGAUUUAGCCUUUAAACCACUCACGCUAUAAUAGAGUAAUGUGUAACUAAGCUUGUCUGUCACUAGGCUACAGUCACUAGGCUCGUCUUUUGCUUGUCAAAUAAUAAGAAUAGACUUUUUAUGUUUAUUUUCAUUUUCUUCCUUGGAAAAGCUAUGUGAAAUCAAUCUAACAUUAGAGAAAGUGGUUGGUGUAGCACUAAUCUACCUUAUUACUGUGAAUUGUAGUAAUUUAUUAAGCAGAUUUUAAACGAGUUUUUGUGGUUUACUUUAUAUAAAGGUCAGUUUGGGCCCAAUCGUGCUGUCCUUGGACCUCACUCCAGGUUCUUUUGCACCAGUGUAAAUUAAGAGUAGUUCCACUGAAGGCAAGUCAGGUAUUGCCUUGUACAGGCCAGCAUACCUCCACUGGCUUACAAGGCUGGCUCGGCAUCAGCUGCGGAUCUGGAUCAGUGGAGUCAUCACGAACACAACACAUUGAUGCUGGUGUAAAAAAUGGUAUGUGUAAGGAAGGCAAAAGGGGAUUUAUCUCAUGGAAUAUCCCCCUGGAGGUCACAGGGACCAUUGUCAGAGCGGGCUCAUAGAGCGAGCCCACCACGCUGCUGUGUUACCAGUUGUACUGGGGGGUAAUCCCUACUGCAUGAUCUAUUGCUACAUUUGAUAAUAGGGACCAAAUUUCUCUCCCAUAUUAUGCAAAUGAAUCCCUUACUGAAUGCAAUGGGAGUUCCAGUUAUUUUCCUGAUAAAAAUGAGAACUGUUGAGGGUUAUUGGGGACUUGGGGGAGGGGAAGAGGGGUUGUUUGGCUUUUUCCCCUCAGAGAAAAAGUAAUUUAAGUGAAAUGUGCAAGGCAGUGUUUAAUUGCUUCCUGCCUUGUUUGUACAUAGCAAUUUGGCUGUUUAUUGGUUGUCUUUGUUCAGAUUUUUAUUGUAACUUGUUGCUAUAUAUGCAACCAAGCGUAUGUUAAAGUUUAAACUUUGGUACAUAAUAAUGCACAAUUUUAUGUGCUUUAAAACUUUGUAAAUAUAUAGAUGAACAAUGUAUGCUGUGCUAACUGUGAUCUUGGGACUUGACACAACAAUAUUUUCAUGCAUAUGUACCUGCAAAUGGUUUGAAAAUAGCAAAAUAUAUAUUGAGGAUGGCCACGAGCCAAGAGUAAAUGAGUGCCGCAUGACUCAUGCUUCUUUAAUAAUUCCUGAAAGAGGCAUGUAUAGUACAUAAAAUAGACAAUAAAAAUAAUUUUCGAGACUACAAAUAUUUUUUAUAACUUCAGAUAUUAAAUACUAUUUUAGAAAAAAGAUUGGUUGGUAAAAGAAAUCAGGUUUAUUCAAGUGAAUCAUUGUCAUAAAAAUGUUCUUAACAUAGAUUUUUUUGUUUGAUCUAAUAUCAUAGAAACCCAGCUCUUUUAAGAUUUAGAUCACUUGAAGUGCUCUUGUGUUCUUACCACUCUUGUGAUCUUCUAAAAUAAUGUACUUCAAGUCUUCUCCCUCCCUAACAAAAAAAUGCUAGUGUAUACAUUCAGACUCCUAAAUACCAUGUGCACUUGUGUAUUUGACCAUCAUCAAGUACCCACGUAUAUGAGCUUCACAGUCCAAGGAAAUCUGAAUGUAGCUUGUGUUUUUCCCUGAAUUCUUUUAUUUUUAUUAGAAAAUGACUUUUUCUAAGGCCAAGCUUGCAAAUAUGGUCACCAAAUUUUCAUUUUGGGCUACACAUUCAGAAACCUAAACAGCGCAGGCAUGGCUUCCAGAGCUUGUGGGUAAAAAUAACCUCCCAUCAAAGUCAACAGGAAUUGAAAUUCAAUUUGUAUAAAUGUAAUUGCCUCAAUACAGCAGUAACAUCUGGGUAGUCGGAUUUGAAGUGGCAUCUUUCUAAUCUGUGUGUUACAACUGCAGACAGUGCUGGCAGACAAGCAUCAAAGCAGUGAACAGCAUAAAGACCUCGCAGGCUGGCAGCCUGAGCUCCUCUCCGAGCCCAGGGCUGUCCUACGCGCUCGGCAGCUUUCGGCUGGGUAUUCACAUUGACACCCAGACAGAAUCCACUGCACGCUUCUGGUGUGAAUCCGGGCUUUCAAGCCACGUUGUAAACACACUGUACAGGUGUAUAAUCUGCUUGUAGCCGAGAAACACCCCAGAUAUUGUCUACUGAGGGGAAUUACCUUAUAACAGCGAAACACCCUUCCGUUGCGACUCUUCCAUUUUUCACAUAUUCUUAUUCACAGAAAAGCAUGUCAACAUUUCCAAUGUAGGAUAAAACUGGGUUACUGUAUGUAAACAAGAUAAAUAAGAACAACUCCAUUUUGAAUGCUUAAGUGGAAGGAUUUGGGUCAUUUUUUUACCUUGUUUCCAAGAUGGACAGGUUACUCAAUGUAUUUUAACCACCAUACUGUGGGAGCCUCUCAGCAUCUCAUGUACUAUUCUUCCUUUUGUACAGAUACUGCUGUAAUUGGAAUAAGUGACAUGCCCAAGGUCACACAGAGAGCUUGUGACAGAGCAGGGACACAAUUUUCUGGCUUAGCAUCCUUACAACAUCAUCAGUCAAUCAUUCAUAGCUUGUGCACAAGUAGAUGUGGUAAUGUAAAUGUUGACAAAUGUCUGUAUUCCAGCCAGGACAUGCCAACUCAUUGCAAGCUUCAGGAUAACAGCAUCUUAGUGGAGUGUCUGUGGGUAUUUUCACACAUGGAAAAUAUUGUAACCAAAACGCAGCCAAAGUGGAGUUCAGCAGCAGAGCAAAAUACUUCUUAAAUUGUAAGAUAAAAUAUGACUGUCAGUCACUUCUGCUUCCUUCGUUUUUAAUUACAAAACAUUAAAAUUGUUACCACAUUUACAAAGUUAGUAAAAGAAAAAACCAAACGCAAGUAAUUAGUCAUGUACAGUAACCUAAGGAAUUAACUAGAAAAAACACUGCAAGACAAAGAAGGAUUUUUGUGUGCAUGUACUUAAAUUACUUAGGGGCAUUUCUGCAUGUACCACAGGUUUUUUAGAGCCUGGUUGUUCCUAUGUUUUGCUUGCCCCGAGCUGAGAUUUCUUCUUUAUAUGAGAAGAUAAAUAGGUGAGCAGUGCAAUUCUUCCAGACUUUUCUAACACGUUUGCAAUGGUUCCUUGAAGGACAGUGCUGGUUUAUAAUUGCCUCCGUGUUCUGUGCUGAAAUGCUUUUAAACCAACUAGAAAGAAGUUAACCAACUCUUAUCGGCAUGUUUUUGACUCGUUCUUCUGACAGCAAAAGAUAUCAUUCCGCUUUUCCAUUCAGAUGUAUUAACUUAUAUGAACUGUCAUCUCUCUGAGCAAACUAUUAACUUAUUUUUUAAUUCUGCCUUUAAA